AUGUAUUCUUAUUUUGAAAAUGGAAAGGAGGGGUGCGAAAAGCUUCAAUUUUACUCAAACAUUCGUGAUGAGUUUGAAGAAAAAUAUAAGAUUUAUAAUCUUCAUAAAAUUUCUGAUAGUAUUUCACGAGCUCUUUGCUAUAUAUAUAUUGAAAAAAAGGAAAAUAUAGAUUAUUUUAACAAUGAACUUUGUUGGUAUUUGUAUUAUUGGUUAAGCAAUAUGAUAUAUCCUUUAGUACAAAAAAAUACGACAAUGCUCUCAAAAAUUAUUAAGAAUAUUUAUGAAAACCUAAAUGAUUAUAAUCCACAAGGUUUUACAGUGUGUAGUGAUACAUAUUACCUAUAUGAUCUUAAUAGGUUUAAUGAGUAUAAGUUGCUGUUUGAUUAUUCUAAGGAUUAUCGAAAUAUUGAGCAAGAUACUGCUUAUGACCAAACCCCAUGUGAUGAAUAUUAUAACAAUUACAUAAACGAAUAUAUUGGUAUGUAUAAGAAGGCACAUUCAGAAUGCAAUGAAGGAAAAAAGAGCAACUUUUAUUGUAGAAAUUUUUUUACAUUAUUCCAGAAAAAACCAUACGAAAAAUUAUCCUCAUUUAGUUGUACCCUAAGUAAGAAUCGCGAAGAAAUUUUAGAAGAAGCUACAGCACAUAGAACACAGGAACAUGUACAAAAUCAAAACCAUUUAAGGACUACAAUAGUACAAGAUUCCGUUGAUCAUCAUGGCACAGCAGAUGGUUCCAAUUUAGGAAAGAUACCUAGUUUAGAAAGUCAACAAAAUCUAGAAAAAAUGACAACAUUUUCAAUAGAUGACAAUGCUGAAGGUGGACCUUCAAAAAGUGUUACAGGUUCAGUUGUUCCU